UGGGACGAGCAGAACUUGCCGCUCAAAUCUGUCAAUCGGAUUCGCCAUUUAGCUCCCCGUGCCCGGGGCUAGUCGCGGAAACCGGUGGUUCAAGAGGGCCGCGAUCGGCGAUAUCAUUGAGCCGGUAUUGGCUUGGAAAAUUCGCACAACCGCCUCUGACUCCAGGAAACUGUACUUUGCUGUGACGUUGCUGCCUCAGUUCAGGACUCUGCUGCUCACCUGUCAGGAUCUGGAUCCACAUUUCAAACUGCUGUACUGGAAGUAACUCCGAAUGGCAGAGUGAGGUGUAUGCUGAGUAAAAUGACACAACCGAUCAGGGAACCUCUCCAGAGGAGGAAGUCACUGGGACCCAUGUCCCCAAAUGCUGCCAAGCGACUCUACCGUAACCUGUCCUUCAGGUUAAAGGGUAGUUCCAGCUCAGAGGAAGGCUGCCUCAUCAAAAAAAUUGAAAAGGAAAGAAGCAAGAAAUCUUCAUCAAUGAACAUUCAGUAUGAUUCGGUCUUUGAUGCUGUGGAACAUGAAGAUCUCGAUGCAGUUCAGCAGAUACUUGCGCGUCCUGGUACACUCAACAACCUCAAUGAGGCUACAAGCAAUGGCCUGGUACCUCUGGAUAUUGCUGUCCUGACUAAUAACAUCUCAAUGGCGAGCCUCUUAAUGAAUGCUGGAGCCAGGGAUAACCAUCAGUUCGAUGAAAGAAAUUGGUCUGUGCAUCUGACAGCAAUAGUGAGCAAUGCAGGACAAAAGAUUUCCGAACUGACAGAACUCAGGAAUGAAGAGUCAGAGGCUGAUUUCCAUAACAAAACCCGAGCGCUUCGGACUUGGAGAUUUCGACACAAGCUCUAUAAGCAAAUGAAACUUGCUUUUGACAAUGCACAUGUUCCUGAUUCUCCAGAGAACGUGUGUUUGUUUGUAACUGGCAGUACAUCUCUUCAGGUCACAUUUGAGGAACCACGAAAGACAGACACCUUAAUAAUCACUCGAUAUAAAGUGGAGUGGAGUUACUCUGAAACCUUUGAAACCAGAGUAGGAGUUGCUGUUGUCGAGGAUCUGAAGUCCCUGCAGUUAGCAAUUGAAGGCCUCGUCACGGGUGUUGUGUACUACGUUCGUGUUUCAGCUUACAACAUGAAAGGCUGGGGACCACCAAAGCUAUCUUCUCCCGCCUGUGCCUCUCCUUCCAGUUGGAAAGAGUCCUCAGAUAUUAAGCUGAGGCACAAGGACCAAAGCCAAGCAGUGCUGCAGCUUCUGGAGAGAGUUAAAGGUCCUUGUCAUCGGAGCUUUUUCGUGGAAGCUUCCAAGGUUCAUGUGCCUAGUAAGAGGCUCUUGGUCUCUCGAAGUCUCAAGUACCUUUUCCAAAAUACAAGCAAAUUUGUCAAGAAUUUACAGAGGGGGGUGUAUUUAGCUGCCAUUUUCUUCUACAAGGAGAACGUUCUGGUGACAAGCGAAGACCAGCUUCCGAUUGUUGAGAUUGACAGCUGCUGUUCAGGUUCUGACAUGCAAGAAUUCCUCUGGUUCUCCAAGAUCUCAUGUAUGUGGAGGGACAUCCAGUGGCUGCAGCAGGGAAUGAAUUCCACACUCUCUUCUUCCUCUUCGGUGCUGCAGACCAGGCAGAAGAUGUUAGUAGCAGUGUCCCAGCUCCAGAGUUCACUGGGGACACAAGACCUGGGCCAGGUGCACUUUGAACCAAUCAAGGAUAAGCUCGGAAAUGUUUUAAUCCUAACUGUCAAGGAGAUGCUUCCAUCGCAGGUGUUGGAUAGUGUCCGAUGGAUCCCACUGUCAAAGCUUCACAACUAUCGGAAAUCAGUCUCUGCCCUUGACUGCAUCACUGCACUGGACAUGCUGCUUAUGUCCAUGAAGGACAAGCUGGAGUAUCACCAGCGGAGUAGUCAGGCCUUGCCUCCAGGCCUCUAUCUUGGGUAUCUCAAACUCUGCAGCUCUGUGGAUCAGAUUAAAGUCCUCGUUCCCAACAGGUUCCCCAACAUUCUCUGUCACACUAAAAUACGGAACAACAAAAACGUAUCCAGGGAGGAAUGGGAAUGGCUGCAGAAAGUCUCCUCUUUAAAUGAUUCCAUAGUCACGGAAGGGAAUACUGGGAGCCCACAGUGCCGCUUCCUGAAGGAACUCCGUACAGCUGUGAAGAGCCUUCUCACACAAGUGGAUGUACCCCUCAGCCAGGCUGUAGAUUUCCGCCUGUACACACACGAAGUGCUGGAGUUUGGAGACAAAGUCUCCUUCCUCUUGUUGCUUCCUCCCAUAGAUGAUGUCUGCUCAGCCCCAGGACAAGAUGGACAUCCCUCUGGGUUUCUGACCCUACCUCUUCAGAUUUUCGAGCUUGUGCAUUUCUGCACCUAUGAACAAGAGCUGUUUGCACAGUACUGUCAGACCUCAAUUUUACUGGAACUUGAUUCUUUGCUGUCCCAGCAAGCUUUGAGGGAAGCCAUUGAUAAUACGGAACUGAUUGAAGCAAAGGAGAAACAUGGCCAGGUGACAGAUCUCAUUCAGCAACUGGAUGAUAUUUGGAAGGAGGUCCGCUGGAUCACAGAUGUGCUGCAGUAUGCCCGAUAUCGCCAACCUCCCACCGGAACCCCUCUGUCCUGGAUCCUGGAGAUACCAAGCACAGUGAACAGUAGGAAAGCAGAUCCAGUCACAAAACCCCAGAAUACUGCUGAUUUCUCUCUGGAUUAUAAUGACAUAAACAAAUCUUCAGACUGUAAACAAAUCCUGGAUGAAGAUGAUGUUUUCUGGCCAGUGGAAAAAGACUACGAUUCGAAGCCAGUUCUCACAUCCAAGCAAAUAGAUCCAGUGUGGCCCUUUACCAGGGAGCACCAUCUCUGGGGCACUGACACUGCCAUAGACACAGACUGUAUGAAGCCUCAGCAACACUUCGCUCUCCGUAGUGAGCCACACAGACACAGGAAAGCUGACAAAGAGCACUAUCGGACAGGGAGUCUGGAACUUAAAGGCCAGGCAGUCAAGGAAGGCACUUCUUUCAAGUUCUGGUCACAGCCAACAUCAGUGGAUGAGAGCACAGAGCAGUCUGAUCAUGAAGAGCACUACCCUUUCACUACUGAGGCUGUGCAACACAUCCAUCUACCUGAAUGUAGUUUAGUGGAGUGGAUCAAAGAGUCUCAGGAUACCUAAGCAUUCUGUUAACUUAAAACUGGAUUGACUGCUCAGAUGUAAAAAUCCCACCUCAGAUUGGAAUUACACAGCUUCUCUGAGAUAUUUGCAAAUGGAUUCAGGUGGUCGGGAUGUUCAGAACUUGCUUUGUUUCAUGAGGGAAGGGUUUGUGAAUCUAUAAGAUGUUCAGAACUCACUUUGUUCCAUGAGAAAGGUUUUGCAUUUCUAUGGCACCUUUCAUGACCACCAGACAUCUGAAAGUGGAUUACGUUUUUGCUAUAGUCGCUCUUGGAUGGAAGAAACGCCCUGACAGUUUGUGCAGAGCAAGAUCACACAGGAUAAUAACUGUGCUGAUUGUUGUUUAAAUGAUAAAGGGAAAACUCCCCUGAUCUUCUUCAAAAGUAAUGCCUGCCAUCUUUUAUGUCUCCUCUUGUGGGCACUUAACACUACAUCUCAAAGGGAGUACCUGUGACUGCAGCAUUCCCCCAAUGCUGCACCUAUAUAACAACAAAGAAUGAGGCCAUUCAGCCCAGCAUCAACAUGUUGACUGAAGAAUAAUUCACCCAGAUUAAUCUCGCUUUAGCUCUUCUACCGUACCCUUCUAGGUUACUAUCGUAUCCAGGUACAUUUGCAGUGUGAUGCAGGUUUCUGAAUUUCUUCCCAUUCGGGUGGGGAGCACAAGAUUUUCACACUGUGCUGUCCUGAAGAAGAAUCUUGGCCCGAAAUGUCAACAAUUCCUUUCCUUGCACAGAAACUGCUUGAACUGCUGAAUUCCUCCAGCAGGUUGUUUGUUGCUCCAGAUUUUCAUCAUAUGCUGAAUGAAAAGAAUAAUUUCAACUGCUUUUUAACCUUCUACUAAUUCUUUAAAAUUUAUGCCCCUGGCUAUUUAAAAUCUCUCUCAGAAACGUAGUCUUAGAAAAUCAUGGAACAGAAGAUCAUUUGAUCGAUAUGUUCAAAUUACUCCCAACAGCACGGUCUGGAGCCCAUAACAUUGUAGGUUAUCGUGCUUCAAAUGCUCAUCCAAGAACUUUUAUAAAUGUUCUGAACGUUUUGUCAUUGCAAAAGACUGAGCUCCUGAUCCCGUCACACUUGAGGUUAAAGAGAAUUCUCAAUUCCCACUUAUAAUUUUCUUAAAUUUAUAUCCUUUAUUUUUACUUUUAAAAUGUUGUGAACACUCACAGGUCAGACAGAGUCUGUGGAAAGAAAAACAAUUAACCUUCCAGAUCAGAAAUUCUUCAUCAAACUGAAAAAGUAAGAGAAGUUCUUGAUUUCUGUGCUCAAGGAAAUAGGUUCUUCCUGUCUAAACUUCCAUUUGUUAUACCUCUCAAUUAAAUUUCUUUCCAUUCUGUGGGGGAAAAAAAAACACAGCCUAGUCAGUUUCUCCUCAUAACUGGCUAGUUUCUCCUCAUGUAAUACCUCUGUACCCUCUCUAAUGCAAGUGCAUUUACAGUGUGGUGAUCAGACCUGUGCCUGCACUAGCUGUGUUUAGUGAGUGUUUGAUACAGUUCUAGCUCUAAUGUUCUUGGCUGUCAUUAAUAAAGACAAGUAUCCUGUGUACUGCUACCUCUGUAAUCUGCCAUUCUGCACUCCAAGAUCUCUCUGUUUUCAUGUUUGCUAACAACAUAAGGUUAUUUGGCCCAUGAAGUCUCUACAGUUCUCAGAACAGUCCCAUCAAUCCCAUUCACACAUUUAUUUUUCUACAACCUAUUUUCUCUCACAAGCCCAGCAACUCCACUCUGAGUCUCCCAACACCCACUUACUCUUGGGGUAAUUUGCAGAAGCCAAGUACAGUGGAUUCUGGUUAAUUGGAACACAUCAUGACCCAGUAUAUUUUAGCCCAAAUAAGCAUCUACCUAUUUAGCCAAAGUUUCAUGAAAAUUGUUAAAAAGAUAUAAAAAAAGACUAACUGCCAUUUAACUGACUAACAAAUUGUGUAUUUAAAUAAAAUAUACAACAAAUUAGAACAGUACCAAUACUACUAUAGUACUAUAAAACUGUAUUGGCUCCUAAUAGUUAUUAAUGGAGGAAUUCAUCCAAUUAUUGCUGUCAUGUUGUUUUUGAUUGAGUGUAAAUGAACAAAAUCAGCAUAGACAUCUAGUGUAGAUAAUGGACUGCCUUCAUAUGAUACUCUCAAUAAUAUUCAUUUUCACUGUAAAAUUCAAGAGAGGGGGUCUUUGGAUCCAACUUUUCACUUUCCCGUGGAUUUAGUAAUCUUUUACUGAAAUAGUUAACCUUUUCUUCGUUAUCCUUUAGCUUAAUAUGGAAGAAAUGCCUGCAUUGUGCUCCAAAGCCACUGAAUUUAAAGUCCAGCACAUCCCCUUGGUCCUACCUUUUUGAUUUGUGAGAAGGGAAAUUAUCUGAACUCUCCAACCCAAAUGCUUCCCACUACUCCAACACCAAUUCACCUUUAAGUAGCAGUUUAUAGUCCACCUUUGCUGAGGUGCAUUUCACCUGGUAGAGGACCUUGGUUCCAGUUCUUACCUUUGUCUUUUACUAAUACUAUACUGGCCUUAUGAAUUAUGGGCACUAUCAACAACAUUACUCCACACUGAUAUCCUCCUGCCUAGUAUGGUUCCCGAAAAUUAUCCAUCCAAACUACCCUCUCUACCAUUAACCAUUUCUAAAUUGCUGAAUCUACACUCACAUUUCCAUGAUUUGUCAAGCUAGAUUAAAGCCUUCAGCAGAUUUAGUAAACACACAUAUUCAUAAUGAUAUGUAAUGCAACCAGCUUAGAAAAGUCCCUCCCAGAAAAGAAUGGCCUCAGUUUUCCAGUCAUGUGAACCCCUCUCUACUGCAAUCUCUCUCAGCAAUGAAUUCAGCUACACUACAGGUCAUCCCCAGGUUAUGAAAGGGUUCCAUUCCUGUGAACUGUCCAUAAUUCAAACAGAUUGCAAGUCAGAAAUGCAGCUGUGAACUGACGCCCCACCCAACAGAAGUUGCCUAUGGCUCCAUAUCAGUCUGCAAAUGUAUCACUCCCAGCCCAGUCUCCUCAACAUUCAUUCGCAUGUACAGGCCGUACAAAAGUCAGUAAGCUGGUGAGGACCUGUAAAUUUAUUUUUGUUCACAUUGGCACUGCAGUUUCAGCCUGGUUUAUGUGCACCUGUCUCAUGCGUGCAACUUCAACACACAGGGCUUGUGGUCAAGACAGAGAUCUGGAAACCACCUAGGCAGAAGGUUCCUGUGGGGAAAUGAGGUAAGUCUUAUUCCACUGCCUGGUUUGCAGCUUCCCAGAUUCUAAAAGACUGAUCAUUCAAGAAUAAUGGUUUGGCACUGACUAUAUGGGCCAAAGGGCCUCUUUCUAUAUUGUAUUUUUCUGUGCCUUUAAUACUUGAGAUCAUUACAUCAGUCUCCUCCUUGAAAUGGAAAUUAAGAUAUAUGUAUGGAGUGCUUUUCCCUUAACUUUCAUUGGGAAAUGAUCAAUGUAUUCUGGUAGAUCUAAACCAUUAAUGUUAGAAAUUUCCUGACAAUGGUUCAUUGCAAUAAUUAUUAGCAAAUUCCAAGCACCUUUAAAGCAUUGAGUUUUAUCAUAACUUGAACAGUACAGCUCACCAAGGAAGACUUUAGUCCUAUCAAACCUGUCACCUUCUUAGGACUUUCUGAUUAGUCCUGUUGUCUGCACCACACAUUUUAUAUUUUCAAAUGUUUAUUCAAUUUCUUUUUGAUACUGAAUUUGUUUACUCCACCCUCUGUAAAGCUGGUGUUCAGGCCACAAUGUGAUCUUCAUCAUCAUGAUCUUCUGGUCCUCUCAUCAAUUAUCUUAAUAAAGGCCAGAGGGAUUUACCAUCAGCAAACUAAAAACUCUGGCAAUCUAUCCACCAAAGAUCAGACAACUCAAUGCAAUUUGUGAUUCUGUAUUCCUUUGUCAUUUAAAUAUUGUAUUUCUGUUGUUUUGUGAAUAUCACUGUGGCCUCAUUAGUGAAUAUAUCUGAACGCUGAUUUGGGUCAACAAAAACAGCUGACUAUAAAUCUUUUACUUUAGUAAAAUGUCUCAAGGAACUUCCUAAAGUAUGCUAUAAAAUAAAUUAGCCCCAUAGGCCAAUAUUAGGACCAAUGCUAGAGACUUACUCAAAUUGUGGUCAUAAAACAUCAUCCAAGAUUACCUAAUUUGGUUCUAAAGAAUGUAUCACAAAUUAUGUUAAUAUCUUCAUUAUCCUUUUCACAACAGCAUCAACCCAGUCACAGGCUCUGUGGUAAACAAGAGUGGCUCAGAGACAGUUCCUGAGUUUUCUUACCCCUGGACACCUCUAGAGACAGCUGAGCCAGAAGUGUAUCUUUGGUCAUUGAUUUUAUUUAUUUCUUCAAAGGAGGUACUAUCACUGCCAAUGGCAUUACUGUUCUUUAAUAAUUGCCACUGAACUGAGAGAGCAGUGCAAAUUUAACAGCGUUGGAAAAUUUGGACUCACAAAUGGGCCAGAUCUGGUAAGGUCAGCAGAUUUUCUUCCCUGAAGAACAUUAAUCAACUAGAUAGGCUCUGCUGGGAUUAACUUUAAUUCCAGAUUUAAUUACUUGAAUUUACCACCACCACCAUCUCACCCCCCCCCCACAGCUACUGAAAUGGGAUUUAAACUCAUAUCUCCAAAUCAAUGACCUAGAAAUCUGACUACUAAUCCAGUAAGUUAACACUAUCAUAAUGUCUAGAGAUGUUGCACUGUAUCCAAAAAUGCUGA